UAUGAUCGCAGCACUGCCUCUAGAGCCUCUCUAAGCUCUCAAAGUCAUCUUCAACGCUCCCGCGCUUGAAAGGGCGGGCUUCAACCUUUCAUCCGGUGCCGGUCGUCCUGUUUCGAGCUAUGCACCCUGAAACACCGCUCUCUGUCGAGAACAUCUGUCCGCUGUUUUCGGUGUUCAUCAAGUCCUUGCGGUGACCGUGCGGCGAUUCUUCGCGGCUUCUCUCUGCUCACAAGCCCGCGAGCGGCCACUGCGGGGCGAAGGAUCGGAUAUAUUUCUCGCCCGUCCGGCUCCGUCUUCGCUGAUCAUCGUCUCUCGGCCAUAUUCUCGGGCCCGCCUUUGAUCGGGCAGAAUAUACAAGAAUAUAUCGCUCCGCACGUCCUUCGGGCCUGGUCAAGUCUCGGAUCCGACCCCGCAUGUGCUCGACGUCAGCGAGUCACUGCCAAGCAGCGAGGAUGUUGAGAGGCCAACAAUUGCACAUGAAGUAGAUCUUUUUGGAUUUGACACCAACAGCUCGUUCCUAGCACGUCGCUACGGUACGGCAAACGUGACACGGUCAUGGCCGCCGUCCGCGCAUCAUAUUCCAUUAUGACAGGCGCCGUCUCCUUGGUCUCCUGCGCAGACUCAGGAACGGCCCUGCAAAUUGGACGACGUGUCUGGCUGGCCGCUGGCGUUGAUGUACGCCAGUAAUGAUAGUUUCGUAACAUGCGAAUGCGAUGCACAGGCACCUUGACAGAGGACCCUUCUCUGCGGCCGAACGGCAACCAUUGCAUCCCGUCACUGUUCAGGGAUUGACGGUCGCUCAAGAUGACCUGCCUAUCGUUCCUCGGAACUACCGUGGAUACUGCAGUAUCGGACUCGGACGUCGACGUGGAUGAAGGGUGCGUGAUGUCAACGGAGUCGCUAUGGAUUAACCCUUUGCAGCGCUAGCCGAGUCGGAGGGCAGUGACCCACUUUCGCGUAUUUGAGUGAGAUCCCACCAGAUCUUGUAAGGGAGAUCUCCGACGCCCUAAAGCCGCCGCCAGCCUCCCUAAAUCUGGAGCCGCAGCGUCCUCGAAAAUCCUGGGGGAAAUUCCGGAGGAGCGGGCAGACACCCUCAACCGGGUUCGUGCAGCCACGUGGCCGGCUUUGCCUGCAGCAUCUGGAAUCUGCUUAUUUCACCGCUAGACGGAAGCCAAUAUUGCUUGCGGAGGUUGCUCAGUGGGUACGGGCCGCCAAGGCCAUAGAUGGCCAUUACGCUUGAAUCCGGCCACCGAGCCUCUGCUUCUCAAGGGCCUUCGAUCAAUGGGGUGCUUCCUGUGCAUAGCCUGCCACCGACGUGCUUGGGGCUGCCGUACCUCGGAGGCAUCCAGCCAGCAAUUUCCCGCGCGCGUUCCGGGCUUAUUGUCAUGCGCAACACCUCCCGCCGCUGCGCCCCUUCGAGGCGUCGUAGCCGACCCUCCUGCGAAUCCGCGAUCUGAAACGCAGGGCAGGAUCUCAGCCCGGGCAACGCUCCUCCCAUUUUAUCCCUGGAUUUCGGCGGGUUUCUACCAAGAGCAAGAGGUGCCGCCAGCGACGAUGCGCGCACAGCUUCGGGCGCGGGCACUUCAAAAGGGGGUCCGCCCUCAGCGAGCAAUGUCGCAUUCCUUAGACCCAUUCCCUCCUUUCUCCCCUCUAUCCACCUCCUCUCCUUAACCGAGCCAUGGCCGUCAUCGCCGCCUCACCUCGCCCCAAGAGGAUCUUCUUCCCAGACCUCAUCGCCCACUGUCCUUACCCCCUGCGCUACAACCCGCACUGCGACGCCGCGUCCGCCGAGUCCAAGGUCUGGCUCAUGUCCGGAUGCCGGCUGAGCAAAAAGAAGCGCGCCGCGUUCCACGGGCUCAAGGGCGGGCUGCUCACGGCGAUGGUGUACCCCGAGGCGGACUACGACCAGUUCCGCGUGUGCUGCGACUGGAUCAACUACCUCUUCCACCUCGACAACAUCUGCGACGAGAUGGACGACCGCACGACUGUCAGCACCGCCGGCGAGAUCAUCGGCGCGCUGCGCGACCCGCACGGCUUCCGCCCCGCGUCCGCAGUAGGAAGGCUGACGCAGAGCUUCUGGCGCCGGAUGUCUGCGACGGCGUCGCCCGGCGCCCAGCGGCGGUUCAUCGAGACGUUCGAGCUGUUCUUCCGCGCGGUCGCCCAGCAGGCGCGCGACCGCGCCUCGGGCAACAUCCCCGACCUUGAGUCGUACAUCGCGAUGCGGCGCGACACCAGCGGGUGCAAGCCGUGCUGGGCCCUCAUCGAGUACGCGAACGACCUGGACUUGCCCGACUGGGUCAUGGACCACCCAUGUGUGCGAGGCUUGGAAGAAGCCGCGAACGAUCUGGUCACGUGGUCGAACGACAUCUUCUCCUACAACGUGGAGCAGUCGAACGGCGACACGCACAACAUGAUCGUCGUCGUGCAGGCGCAGGAGCAGCUCGACCUGCAGUCCGCCGUCGACUACGUCGGCGACCUCUGCCUCGGGUGCGUCGACCGCUUCGAGACGCUGCGCGCCGCACUGCCCUCGUGGGGCCCGCAGAUCGACGACCAGCUCGCGGUGUACGUCCAGGGCCUCGGCGACUGGAUGAUCGGCAACCUCGUCUGGUCGUUUGAGACCGAGCGGUACUUCGGGCGCUCGGGCAGGAAGGUGCGCCGCGCGCUCGCCGUCGCCCUUCUCCCGCGGCGCAAGUAGCUGCUGUCUGUCCGGCACGUCAGGCUUGAAGGAGAGCGUCGGUUGGCGAUCUCGCGCUACGCGAAGCCUAUCGGUUCCUCUCGCACCCUGCACCCCCCUCGGACUCUCUUCGUUCUCGUCGUGGUGGGACUCUGCCCCGCACGCGGCAACCGCCGAUGCGCAAGAAGCGCGAAGGCAGCGACGCGGACCUUUUUGUGCUAUGUGGCGCGGACACGGUAGUGCGCGGCGGACUUCGGGACUUCGGAGAUGCUUCGCAUUCGCAGUUACCUUCCCGCGGGCGCGUCUCAUUCGACGCCUCAUCCUCCUCUUCUCAUCGGCCGCCGGCUAUCCACACUCCCUGGUUCCUCUUUCCUGCUUUGUUUAUCGCCGCUACACCCCGCUCUAUACAGUAGGCACCCCGUCGUGCGUCCUAGAUUAUUAUUCACUCGCUGUAGAACUUCUCUUUCCGUCCCCAUCGCUUCGUCUCGUUCGUCGCUCUCAUUCGGUCUCUCUCCUUACCUCGCGUUCCCCACUCCUUCGCUGCUUCCACUUAGACACGCCGGUCUCCGGAUACACACCCUCCCUCCCUCGCCGCCUCUCGCACACACUUCGUUCCUUAUUCGCCAGCGUUCUCGCCACCUGUAGCAUCUACCUAUUUACCACGUACCGCCCUGCUAGUAGGCCUAUUAUUUC